AUGAAUUCUGCUAUCCCUUUAGCGUGCACCUGUCGUUCUCUUCACCAAGACUGCGACGCUGAAACAUGCCCUCAAAAGCAGUACUCGCGCCAACCAGGUGACAACUUCAAGCUCUCCGAGUUUCGCGAGAAUGCUGAACGGGGAUGCACCACAUGUUCUGCGAUCUACAAUGCCCUCUCCGUUGAGCCGGUCAAAAGAGUCUGGCGGGAAACUGUAGACCAAGGCGAUGAUGCGUCGACAGCCGACCAGAGUAUCUCGAUCGAGUUGAUGCGCACUGGAGAACGGCCUGGGCGAGUGGUAAUCAGAACAGGCAAUUCUUACGGCUCUAAUUCCCGGGGCUGGCGACAUUUCAACUUAUUCGUCCAUGCAAAUGUGCCUGAAUCAAAGUCAUGUGUGGCUCUCCGGAAGCUGAAAUGCGCGCCGAUCGACAAGACAGAUUCUGCUGAGAGCUAUCGGUUUCUGAGGCAGUGGUUGGACGAGUGCAACGAUCUUCACCAAUGUGCAGUGCCUGAGCCUCCCAGUUUGCCAAAACGCGUUCUGAGGCUUCACCAAGACCGAGUCCACCUGCACAUUAGCCGAGAACACGAAAAAGCUCGGUAUGCGACCUUGUCCCAUCGCUGGGGAAGCUUUGAUGAGAGCUUCAUCUUGGACUUAACGAACCUCGAAUCCCUCACCAAGAACAUCGACUGGUCGACGCUACCGAAAACCGCCCAAGACGCCAUAGAGAUUUGUCGCAGACUGGGCAUCGAAUACCUGUGGAUCGACGCCUUAUGCAUCAUUCAACGCUACAAGCCGGAUUGGGAUGACCAGUCCGAGAAAAUGUGCACCAUCUACGGCCAGUCCUAUCUCAACAUUGCAGCGAUGGAUUCGAACGACUCGCGAGGCGGCUGUUUCCGGUCGACAGGCUCAGAUAAGCGAUACCCUCCUCACACCGUGCCUGGCCACCCAACUCUCCAAAUCCAACAGCAACCUCACUUCACUCACCUCGAUUUCGGCUCGAACUACGCCACUUCUUCCGCCUCCCCACCUCUUCUCCGCCGUGGCUGGGUCCUCCAGGAACGUCUCUUGUCCCCUCGUUGUGUCUACUACGGCAAGGACGAACUCCUCUGGGAAUGCAAGGCUUGUGCGGACUGCUUCUGCGGCGGGACCAACGUGAUUGCCCGCUUUAAAGACGUACAUCAUCGCUCGUUGACCGAGAAUGGGGAUCCUUUGCCCUUCGCGUGGAUGAGAAUCACAGAGCGCUAUUCGUGCUUGGACCUGACGCGUGACUCCGACCGAGCAAUCGCACUGUCCGGCAUUGCCCAAGAAGUGGUGGCGUCGGGCCGAGGAGGGAAAUACCUCGCCGGACUGUGGUGGGACAAAUUGGCAUAUCAGCUUGUCUGGCAGGUAUCCAGCACAUUUCGCAGACCGAAGGAGUAUAUUGCACCCAGCUGGUCGUGGUUAUCCGUGUUUGGAAAAAUCGACUACGGUCAAAAUCGCAUGGAUUACCAAGCCGCUUGGUCGAGGAUUGCCGUCGCGAUCACUGAUGCAGCGGUUUUGGCGUCGAAACCAGACGGCACCGGCAAGAUCAGAUCAGGCUCUCUCUUACUUAACGGCAAGACUCUCGAUAUGGAAGCGGAGGUGAUUGCGGUACGGAAAGGAGGCCGGCCACGGAUACAGUUGACGCAUUCGAAACCUUAUAUCGAGUAUCCUGUUUUCGAACCCGACUAUAUUAUGACACCAAAAGAAGCUGUCGCGAUCGAAAAGGUUGUUGUGCUCUAUUGGGGAAGGAUUGUCUAUGACGAGACCUUUAUGGUUUUACGAGAGGUACCGUCCGACGCUGGUGUGGCGUAUGAAAGGUUUGGGCUGCUCAAAGCGGAUGACCACUGGACUCGACAAUUCCACGGUGUAGCGAAAUCCAGAACGGAUAUCUGGAUAGUUUAG